GUCUGAUGAACUCAAAUAUUAUUCAUCCGAUUUAGACUAAACAUAUGAAUGUAGAUCAUUGAAACAAUAAUUUUCUUAAUUUUGGUUACAAUAAAUACAUUUGUAAAUAGCCGCUAGAUAGUUUGUGUUGUGCAUUUACUCAAGAAGACAAAACUUGUAGAGAACUGAAGUUCCUCGUAAAUCAGGUUUCGCUAUUUUUUAUAUAAUUUACGAAAGUAAGUUUUUGUAUUCCAAAACAUCUGCAAAACAUACAUACGCAGUUUUAUAAGUUCAAUUUAGCGCCGAAGCGCUUUUACACAUUCCACCGGUAUACUUAAACAUACGAGACUUGGUCACACUUCAAAGAUUCUGCAUAUUAGAAGCUGGAGACUUUUGGAAAUUUCAGAAUUUCUUCAGCAGUACGUAAUGGAUGUGUAUUCAUAUGGACAAAUUUUUCCUGCAUGCCAAGAUAUUGCAUGGUCAAGGCGAGGAGCUUUUCUGCUGAAAUACGGAGUUUUUGCGGAUGUGUGCGUUCGCAUUGAUGAUUCUAGCUUUUCGUGCCACAAGAUCGUAUUAGCCAGCGCUUCCGAGUUCUUUGAGAGAUUGUUUAAAAAUGAUGGCUUACAAACGGGAGAGGUGGUUUUAGAGCAGCCGACCCCCAAACUUUUUAAAAUAUUCCUCGACUACAUAUACACCUGGAACGACAAGCCAAUGCAGAAUCUUACCUUUCAAGAGCUGUGUUGUCUUCUGGAGAAUUCACAUAUGUGGAUGGCCGUUGAAGUUAAAAAUACAUGCGAAGAAAUGAUAUUGGACCGAUGCUCUACGGAGCAACCAAAAGAAUUAAUUCAACUUUAUAAGACGGCUUACCUUUUGGAUUCUUAUCCAAUAAUGAUAAAAGUCAUUGAUCUAAUGCAGAAACAUCCAAUGGACCAGCCGGAAAUCUAUGACCUGGAUAUCGACUGCUUUAUAGAGUAUAUGAGGCAUACUCGAUGUGAUUGUAGUGAAGCUAAACGUUUCAGAAUUGCGGAGAUGUGGAUAGAAAAAAAUCUUCCUGAACCAGAUCCCUUAUCGGAGGAGGUGGUUCGCAUUUUACAAAUCAUUUGCUUUCAAGCCAUGCCACUCGAAGAUUUUUACCAUGGCCCUGGAAAGUCGAAGCUAUUGGCCGAUUCAAGAAAGGUUAAAAUCAUAUAUAAAAUUGCCAGUAAAUCCUCUGAUGCAUUCUGUUUGUAUUCAUCCGAUUCAGAAUAAUUUGAUUACGACUAUUUCUACUUGUACUUGCAUAAGUACCCAGCCAUAAAACCAAACAUAUAAACGUAGAUAUAUGAAACCAGGUUUGUUUUUAAGUUUAAACUUAAUAUAAAA